AUGGAUAAAAAGAACAAAUCUGGAAAUUUAAGAACUAAAAACAUAAAAAGAAAAAGUAAUAAUAACGGUCAUAAUUCCGUAGGUGGAAAACAAUUAAAAAUCCAAGACAGUGACGUUAGUCUUCAUAAAAAAUUAGCUGAAAGUGAUAGUGAAGCGGAGGAAGAAAAGGAAGAAGAAUUGGCUAUAGAAGAAAGCGAUGAUGAAGUAGACUUAGUUAUUAAAGAUGAUACAGAAUAUUUUUCUAAGCAUUUUUAUAAAUUACCUAGCAUAGAAGUACUUACAAAAAUUUUAGAAAAUCCUGAAGAAACAAUAAAAAUUCCUCAAAAAUUGCCAGGUUUUCAAAAAACAAGAGUGGUUCAACACAUUCGAUAUAAGGAGGACAAUUUUUUAGAUAUUUCAAAACCAAUAAAAUUAGAUGAUUUUGGAUACUUUCCUACUAUUAUGGAAAAUUUCAAGUUUGCAACUAAAAGUCAGGGUUUAAGUGAGGUAGAAUCUUCAUUAUUACAAGUGAUGGGACGUUAUUGUGAUCUUUACUAUACAUCAUUAGCAAAUGACUAUCAAAAUGUUUAUCUUCUUCAUAUUAUAAAUCACAUUCAAAGAAAUAGAUUUUUAAUCAUAAAAAAUAUUGAGAAAUUAAAAAAUGCAAAGGAGAAGGGUCUUCAAAUAACUGAUGAGAUGAUUGAUGAAUGUAGAGAUCAAGGAUUUACAAGACCAAGAAUAUUGAUAGUUGUUCCAUAUAAAAAAUGUGUUUUUGAGAUUGUUGAAAAAUUAAAAAAUCUUAUGUUUGGUGAGAGAAAAUCACAAUUUUUAAAAGCUAAAAGAUUUGAAAGUUUUUAUGGAAGUCAAGAUUGUUCUUACACACCUAAUCCUAAAAAUCCAAAUAAUGUAAUACGUACAGAAGACUAUAUUUAUAAUAUGGAUGGUAAUAUAGAUGAUGACUUUAAAAUUGGUAUUACAUUUUCAAAAAAAGCAAUAAAACUAUUUACUAAGUUUGAUGAAUCUGAUAUGAUUAUUGCUUCUCCUCUUGGACUUACACAAGCAUUGAUAAACGCUAAAGAAGCCGGCCACUAUUCAUUUUUAUCAUCAAUUGAAAUAGCUGUUUUUGAUAAAAUGGAUAUUAUUCAAAUGCAGAAUUGGGAGAAUGUUGUAACUAUUCUAAAUAAUUUAAAUACACAACCAGAUGAUAUUAGUUAUGUAGAUAUUACAAGAAUUAGAAAUGUAUUUUUAAAUAAUCAAGCAAAAGCUAUAAGGCAGACUUUAAUGUUCUCAAGGUAUGAUUCUGCUGAAAUGAAAUCUGCUUUUAUUAAAUCAAGUUAUAACUAUUCAGGAUAUAUCACUAUUACAGAGAAAUCUAAUGGAAUUUUAAAUGAUAUAGAAGUUCCUGUUUCUCAACAAAUUAAUCGCAUAAAAAUAACUAAUCCAUGUGAAGAUCAAUCUGUUAGAUUUAAAUUUUUUGUUGAAAAUAUUUAUCCAAAGUUAGAAAAAGGAACAUUAAUAUUUAUUCCAAGUUAUUAUGAUUUUGUUCAAGUAAAGGCACACUUUGUGGCAAAUAACAAAAGAUUUGCUGAGUUAAAUGAAUACUCUCCAGAAAAUAAAAUUAAUAGUUCUAAGAUACAAUUUAGUCAUGGUUUAAAAUCUGUUUGUUUGAUGACAGAAAGAUUUCAUUAUUAUAAUCGCUAUCUUAUCAAAGGAAUAAAAUGUCUUAUAUUUUACCAAUUACCACUCAAUCCACAUUUUUUUACACAAAUGAUAAAUAUGUCAGAAUUGGAAACCCCUUUAACAACUAAGAUAGUAUUUUCUGAUGUGGAUUCUAUACGUUUAUGUAAUAUUUAUGGAAAUAAUAUGACAAAACAAUUAAUAAAAUCAGAGAAAAAUUAUCAUGCUAUGUUAAGCCAAUAG